ACGCUCUUGUUUACAUCCACGUCUCCAGGAAAUACAUCCUACUGGUGUCAAAAAUGAGGCGACAGGACUCUCAAGACUCUCCACUGUUUGGUGAAGAGGACGACAACUUUCAGCUAAAAAAGUCUAAAAUUAGAUACCCCGUGGCGUCGUUCUUUCACCUCUUCUUCCGGACAUGCGCCAUAGUAGUUUAUUUACUGUGUGACGUCUUCAGUGGUCGUUUUAUUGCCUCCAUGGUCUCCAUCAUCCUUCUGCUUUCAUGUGACUUCUGGACUGUCAAGAAUGUAUCUGGCAGAUUGUUGGUGGGCCUUCGGUGGUGGAAUCAGGUGGAUGAAGAUGGAAAAAGCCGCUGGAUGUUUGAGUCAAGGAAGUCCAACAAUACAACCACCACUGCAGAAUCACAGCUCUUCUGGCUUGGACUUAUCAUUUGCCCCAUCUUCUGGGUUAUUUUUGUCUUCAGCGCCGUUUUCUCUUUUAAUAUUAAAUGGCUGCCUGUGGUGAUAAUGGGUUUGGUUUUGCAAUGGGCCAACGUGUACGGUUACAUCAGAUGCAAAGUGGGUGGAAGGUCCAACCUGAAAAACAUGGCAAAGAACUACUUCAGUGGGCAGAUUUUCAAACAGGCAAUGAAGGGAGCUGACACAUCCUGACACUGAGGAGGAUUUCUGAGGACAAAAAGCAGUUUGGUGGGGCUCUCUUCUGGAUGGAUUUAUAAUUAUUACUUGAGAAGGUGGAAGGCUCUUUUUUGCCAUGUAUGUUUCAUAUCAACUGGUGUUGUGACUUCCUGUGGGAUUUAGUUAAAGACAAAUAAAAGUUAAAGCUUUAAUCUUGUUUUCUGGAAAUCAGAAGGUGCGACAUCAUUUAAAUGUAGAAAAGAAGUMAUACUAACAAACUAUGUUCAUGUUGUUUUGAUCAAUCUAUAUUUUUUCACUGAAAACUGACACUCAGAUGUUAAUGAAUGUGAAAAACCUUGAGAUUUAUUUACAUGUUAUUAAUAAAACCUGUUUUGCAACCAGAA